AUGAGGGAAGGAAGGGACCGCGUGGUGACUCUGGGGGCCGACCGGACCAGAAGGUUCCUGGCUUGUCAUGGCAACGACUCCCAGAUGGAGAUCUUCUGUGUUCUGAACGAGAAUGAGAUCAGCAAGAAGAUGGAGAGGAAACUGAAACGAGCCAAGAAGAAAAUUAAUUUCAGACAGAAGAAAGGGGAGGAGCCUGAAGAGCCAGCGGUGGAGAGGACGCUCCAAGAUGAAAUCCAGAAGCUUACAAACCUCAAGGCCUCCUCAAAAAUCAAAUCAUGUGACCUGCUGGCAUCUGGGAAGGCGGAGCUAAAAGUAGUGGUCUUGCUGCAGAACAACAGUGUGGAGUGUUUCACGUUACCGGCGGACCCUUCCCAGCCUGGCCCCAUUGAAUGCAGCCGGAGCGGGCGGCUCACCCUGUGGGGUCAUCGCAGCGAUGUGCGCACUCUGGCGUUCAGUUCCGAUAAUAUCGCUGUGCUGUCGGCGUCUGCCGAGUCGGUCAGAGUCUGGAACAGAUCAACACUGCAGUGCAUCCGAUCGAUGACGUGUGAAUACGCCCUGUCCUCUCUCUUUGUCCCGGGGGACAGACACGUCAUUGUGGGGACCAAGUCUGGGAAGUUGCAGCUGUUUGAUUUGUCCUCAGGGAGUGAACUGGACUCGAUACCCGCCCACGAUGGGGCGUUGUGGUCCAUCUGCCUGUCACCUGACCAGAGAGGAUUUGUGACAGGAGGUGCUGAUAAGACGGUGAAGUUCUGGGAGUUUGAAUUGGUCAAUGACGACUCUGAGGCCCAAAGCAGCCUGUCGGUGAAGCAGGCUCGCGUGUUACAGAUGGAUGAGGAUGUGCUGUGUGUGCGCUAUAGUCCGGAUAGUCGUCUCCUCGCCGUGUCUCUGCUGGAUUGCACAGUGAAAAUCUUCUUCGUGGACACAUUGAAGUUCUUCCUCACUCUUUAUGGACACAAACUGCCCGUCCUUUGUAUGGACAUCUCCUAUGACAGCGCUAUUAUCGUCACCGGCUCUGCUGAUCGGAAUAUAAAGAUCUGGGGGCUGGACUUUGGGGACUGUCACCGCUCGCUCUUCGGCCACGACGACAGCGUCAUGUUUCUGCAGUUUGUCGCGAAGACGCAUUUGUUCUUCAGCGGCGGGAAAGGACCGGAAGGUGAAACAAUGGGACGCAGAUCGCUUCCAGCAGAUUCAGACUCUGGAGGGCCACCAUGGAGAAGUUUGGUGUUUGGCCGUCAGUCCCAAUGGAGACUACGUUGUCUCAUCGUCACAUGACAAGUCGCUGAGGCUGUGGGAACGGACGAGGGAAACCGCUCAUCCUGGAGGAGGAGCAGGAGAUGCAACGUGAAGCCGCGUUCGAGGAGAGUGUAGGCAAAGGAGACCAGCCGGGCUGUGGUGGCGGGAGAGAAGGAAGGGGAGACGGGGCUGGCGGGAAAAGAAGACAUCGAGACUGUGAAAGCCACUGAACGCAUCAUGGAGGCCGUGGAGCUGCACCGAGAGGAGACCUCCAAAGUGAUGGAGCACGAGGCACUGUGCAGAGCAGCGGGCAAAGAGCUCCCCCGGAAGGUUCACCCCAUCCUGCGGGCGUACGGGAACAUCUCGUCCUCCGAGUAUUUCCUGGAUGUCCUGAAGAAAGUGAAGAUCG